AACACUGAAGUGAAAUUGUAGGCGGCUCCACGCUGAGGCUCACAACUCAGUCAGCAUCUUCCCCGGCUGCUUUCACUCCGUGCUGGAGGACCACAACACUUUUUAUUUUUCGUUUUCAUUUUUUAUUUCAUUCUCGUCAACUCUUCAGCGCUCGCACAUGAGCUCAACAUGACUUUCAGGAGGCUCAAAAAAGUGAACUCCAGCGGGCCGGAGACUGGACCCGCAUCUCAAGACAACGACAUUUAUUUCCCGUCGUCAAAGUCAGACAGUUGCAGGACUAUGGACUUACCGACCAACUCCUCGGAGGUUUACAACUACAAGACUCUGGCUUACUCUGGUGGGACGCUGCCCAGAAACUUCAAAAAGGGUGGUGGGUUGCAGAAGUGGAAACCCCUAACACAGUCACCAGAACCACAAAGGAAGGUGGUGGUCCUGGAGAAAAAUGAAGAGGAGACGUUUGGCUUUGAGAUCCAGACUUACGGUCUCCACCAUCAGGACCAGAACUCAGUGGAGAUGUGUACGUUUGUGUGUAAAGUGCACAGCGACAGCCCGGCCCAGCAAGCAGGACUUAAAGUUGGGGACACCAUCGCAAGUGUGAACGAGGCCUCCGUGGAGGGAUUUCGGCACAAAGAGAUCGUUCAGCUCAUCAGGGCCUGUGGCAACACACUCAGGCUGGAGACAGUUUACAGUGACUCAAUCCGAAAAGCGGAGCUGGAGGCGCGGCUGCAGUAUCUGAAGCAAACUCUUCAUGAGAAAUGGGAUGAGUAUCGGUCGUUGAUGGUGCAGGAGCAGAGGCUUGUUCACGGGAUAGUAAUGAGUGAUGCUGCAGUGUACGAGUCCCUGGAGUCAGCAGGUGUGUACGGCAGCCUCGGCGCCCCCAGCCCCGCCGCUCAGAGAGCCCUCCGCGGCACCGGCAGCACCAGCAGCAGCGCCAGCUUCCUCAGCACGGCCACCGAGGACGACCCUCUGUACCAGACCUGCCUGUACCAGGCGGACGGCAGCGAGGAUUCAGUCAACGGCAGCGCAGACAAAAAGAAAGAGCAGCCACAGAGGCAGCAGCGCCUCCGACCGGCCAGCGAGCUCUUCACCACGGCCAAGACGCAUCUGACCCGCAGCGCCAGCACGCGCAGCUACGUCAGAGGAUCCACGCCGCCGUCGUUGUCGUCGUCCGCCUCGGGUGAGAAGCAGGGAGGAUUCAACUCACUGCAGAGGAAGCCCAAACAGAAAAGCUUCCGCAGACGCCUCCUCAAAUUCAUCCCUGGGCUGAACCGACCGCUGGAGGAGGAGGAGAGCAAACUGUGAGCGGCAGACACCUAAACUUCAAAGACUUAAAGCACCAGUGACUGUCAGAAUAAACUGCCAAAGAAAUCAGAGCAAGCUGCCCUAAAGAGUGAAGAAACUGAGACCAAAGUGUAAAGGUUCUGCUGUUGCACCUCUCCUUGUUUGAUUUAGACCAACGAACAUUUGGCUACUUUCAGUAGAGUUCAGUGUUUCACAGCUGUACAUAACUUUUUUGUUUUCAUUUGUUUUGUUCUUUAAGUUAUUUAUUUAUUUUAACAUGUUUGGUUUAUGUACAGAAUGAAGCCUUUUUCAGUUUUUACUGCAUGCAAGACUUUUAUUUUGACAGCUGAAUAAAUGACCUGUUAUAAAUGUGA